UUGAAAAAGUUUCUCGAACGUGUUGAAAUACACGACUAGAGUGUUAUUUAAGACGUCAAAUUAUUUACCCUUUUUAUGUGUAAAUUUGUGAGGAAGGCAGGCAAGCGCGGUAGUUUUAAUCAUAGAAAAGUGCCAGAGAAAUUCAUUCACGCAAUGAGAGUUAAAAAUUCCAAAAAUUCUUCAGGGAGUCAAAAGAAAUCUGCUUUUACCGAGCAUGCUUCUGAGUGUCCUUUGUGUCUUGAUGCUUUAGAAUUGGAUGAUGCUAAUUUCUUCCCAUGCCCAUGUGGUUAUCAGAUCUGUCGUUUCUGCUGGCAUAGAAUAAGGACCAAUGAAAAUGGGCUUUGUCCUCAGUGUCGAAAACUGUAUUCUGAAGAUCCUGCAAACUUCAAGCCUCUUACACCUGAAGAAUUGCAAAAAUUGAAAACUCAGAAAAAGGCCAAAGAGUCUCAGAAAAAGCAAAAAAUUCUGGAAAGUCGAAAGCAGCUGGCAAAUGUGAGGUAA